UUUACCUUUACCUAACCUAAAAUUUCAAAAAUUAAAAUAUUUGCAUUAUGGAGCAACCUAGUUUUUCUUGCAAACUAGGUGUUUUGAGUCGACCCGAUGGAUCAGUAAUGUUUUCUGAAGGACAAACCACAGUGAUAGCAGGUCUAUAUGGGCCAGUUGAAGUAAAAAUGCAAAAACUUUUGAUUGAUAAAGCUUCAGUGGAAUGUAGUUACAGACCAAAAAGUGGAUUGCCAGGCGUUGAAGAUAGAUUGUAUGAAUCAUUGAUAAGGAAUAUCUGUGAGACUGCUUUAGCGGCUUCUCUCUUUCCAAGAUCAGCUGUGUUAGUAAAUAUACAAGAAAUGGAGAACAGUGGUCAACUAAUAUCCUGUGCUAUUAACGCAGCGUGUUUAUCAUGUUUGGAUUCUGGAAUAGAUAUGAAAUUUAUGUUUGGAGCAGUAAGUUGUUUCUUAACCGAAGAUAAUGAAUUUCAUUUGAUACCACCAAUAAAUGAUAGCAGCGUCAAGGCAUCUUUUAUAUUUGUAUUUGAAAAUGUUAAAGAAAGAAUCUUAGCGUCUCAUACAGAAGGAUCUUUCACCAAGGAACAGUAUGAAGAAGCAUUCAAUUUGAGUAAACAACAAAGUAAAAAUGUAUUUUUGUUUUUUAAGAAAAUUUUAUUUUCAGAUAAUUAACUUUUAAA